AUGGAGACCUUGAGAAAUAUUAUGAAUCCCUUCUGCACUUUCUUGUUUUUAGGCAUGUUGUUGCACUUUGCAAGCUCAAUGCCAAGAACCAAAGCAGUAACUCAUUACCAUGAUUUUGUGGUUCAAGCAACACCAGUGAAGAGGCUGUGCAAAACUCACAAUACUAUCACUGUGAACGGGAUGUAUCCAGGACCGACAUUGGAAGUGAACAAUGGUGAUACUCUAGUUGUCAAAGUUACUAACAAAGCUCGAUACAACGUCACCAUUCAUUGGCAUGGGGUGCGACAAAUGAGAACAGGAUGGGCUGAUGGACCAGAAUUUGUGACUCAAUGCCCUAUUAGACCAGGAGGCAGUUAUACUUACAGAUUUACAAUUCAAGGACAGGAAGGAACACUUUGGUGGCAUGCCCAUAGCUCAUGGCUCAGAGCCACUGUCUAUGGAGCCUUGAUUAUUCGCCCACGACUAGGAGAAUCCUAUCCCUUUCCCAAGCCAAAGCGUGAAACCCCUCUUCUUCUCGGUGAGUGGUGGGAUGCAAACCCCAUUGAUGUUGUGAGGCAAGCCACAAGAACAGGAGCUGCUCCAAAUGUUUCCAAUGCUUACACCAUCAAUGGUCAACCUGGUGAUCUUUACAACUGCUCUAAAAAAGAUACAGUAGUAGUUCCAGUGAAUUCUGGUGAAACAAAUCUCCUCCGAAUCAUCAACUCUGCACUCAAUCAACAACUUUUCUUUAAAAUAGCCAACCACAAGCUCACGGUUGUUGGUGCCGAUGCUUCUUAUCUCAAACCCUACACCACCUCAGUUCUCAUGUUGGGUCCAGGCCAAACGACCGAUGUCCUGAUCACUGCGGAUCAGCCCCCAGCCAAGUACUACAUUGCAGCGCGUGCUUACGCCAGUGCUCAAGGUGCACCAUUUGAUAAUACUACUACCACAGCCAUUCUUGAAUACGCGACUGCUCCUUGCUUAGCAAAAUGCACCUCGACCAAACCAGUUAUGCCGUCUCUACCUGCAUUUAACGACACUGCCACUGCAACUGUCUUCACAAAAAGCUUGAAAAGCCCGAGAAAAGUAGAAGUACCUACAGAAAUUGAUGAGAAUCUCUUCAUUACAGUUGGUUUAGGACUCAACAAUUGCCCCAGUGGCGCUAGACGUAUCAUGGGAAUUUUUGUUUUUGAAUGUUUGCCGCAUGAAGAAGAAGAAGAAGAGGAAGAGGAAGAGGAAGAAGAGGAAAUUGACUUUGAUAUAUGCUGCGCGGAUUUAUUCAUAAUGUGUUAUGAAAUUAGGAUAAUUAUUGGUACUUGGUAA